UGGUUUUCUGGAAAAUAGAGAAAAUAAUAAUUUGCACUACCCCAAAUGUUUCCAAUCACAUUAUUGUUGUUGCUAUAUUUUGGCAAUGUCACGGGACAGCAACAGCCACCGCCGCAACAGAAUACCACACUCAAACCGCUACCACCCACCCCUACUCAGCAACCAACACCUGCAGCUGCAGGCAGAAUAAAGCCAACAGGUAAAGAAUAUGUCGAAGAGAAGACUUAUUUGUUGGAUUGGCUGCUGACGGGAUGCUGGGGCAAGAAGAAGUGCAACGAAAUAGGUGAGCAAAAGCUCUACGAAUACCAAGGAUUUGAUGGCUGGUACAAUAACGUUGGACGACCGGAACUUGGUGCUAUUGAUACACCGUUAUUAAGAAGAAGCCCAGCAGCCUACAAAGACGGAGUUUACCAGCCAUCAGGGUUCAACAGGCCAGAACCCUUGGAGCUUAGUGAAAACUUAUUGUUCGGACCAUCCGGGACAACGUCGCAAACUGGCAAAAACGCGUUUCUUGUAUUUUUUGGGCAACAAGUUGUCGAAGAAAUUCUGGAUGCUCAAAGACCUGCCUGUCCUCCGGAAUAUUUCAACAUAAAAAUACCAGAGCACCAUACGUACAGAGGUCUUCACUCGGAACUGCCUAUUCUUCGUACGAGGUACGACGCUCGAACAGGCUUUUCGCCAAAUAAUCCCAGACAACAGUUGAAUGAAAUCACUCCUUAUCUCGACGGAGGACUCAUGUACGGUACAACAAAAGCAUGGUCAGAUGUUUUGCGAACCAACGAGGAUGGGAAGAUCGAUGAGGACGGAAAAUUAGCGACGUCUUUGAACGGACUUUUCCCUAUAAAAAAUACCGUGCGACUUCCGAUGGCUAAUCCACCUCCACCAUUAAAUCACGACAACUACACCACACGGCACGAGACUGAGCAUGUGAGCAGAUUUUUCAGGCUUGGAAAUCCUAGAGGUAAUGAAAAUCCUUUUCUUCUAACAUUCGGAGUUCUGUGGUUCAGAUGGCACAACGUUAUUGCAAUGCACCUUCGUAAGUUGCAUAUGGAGUGGACGAGUGACGAAAUAUUCUAUGAAGCUAGGAAAUGGGUAAUUGCUACCCAGCAACAUAUUGUAACCAAUGAAUGGUUGAAGGAAUGGCUCGGCACUGAGUUACCAGCCUACAAAGGAUAUGAUCCCAGCAUCGACCCACAAAUAGAUCAAUUCUUUCAAGCCGCCGCCUUCCGAUUCGGCCAUACCCUCGUUCCUCCAGGUGUACAAACAAGGGACUACAGCAGAAAUAAAUGUGCUCCUAAAGGUAUAAUACGAACAUGCAACAGUUUUUGGAGACCCAAGGAGGCUAUUCUAGAAACGGUGAAUGAUACCGAUGAAAACUUACUCGACGAAGGAAUGAACAGACUUAUUAUGGGCAUGACAGCUCAAUUGUGCGAAAAAGAAGACCAUAGGAUAGUGGAAGAUUUGAGAGGCAAUGUGUUUGGUCCCUUAGAAUUUUCCAGGCGUGACCUGAUGGCCAUCAACAUUCAGCGAGCUCGCGAUCACGGACUUCCAGACUACAAUACAGUCAGAGAAUUAUUCGACUUACCCCGCGUUGAGAACUUCUCAUUUUUCCGAUACGCAGACCCAAAGAUAAAAGAUAAUUUUACAAGAUUGUAUAAAAACAAUUUCGACGAUAUCGAUCUUUGGGUAGGAGGUAUUUUGGAAACUAACACUGGGCCCGGUGAGCUCUUUCAAAAAAUAAUAGUCGAUCAGUUUAGGAGAAUAAGGGACGGCGAUAGAUUUUGGUAUAAAAAUAAAAGGAAUGGGUAUGUAGACGGUCGUAGACAAAACAAUUAUACAUCCGCAAACCAUUUUAUCGAGAUGGAGAAUAAAUUUUCAAUUUCGUUUCACAGAUUAUUCACAGAGAACCAGAUAAAGCGGAUAGAAAAAUUAUCGUUUUACGAUGUUUUGCUUUCUGUAACGAAUUUAAGACCAGAAGACAUCCAAAUCAACCCCUUUCACGUCCCAUAUGAAGGGGAUGAAGUGGUGAAGCGGUGCGAACGUGUCUACAAGCAGAACAUGUGCCCACAUUCCAAGAUCUCGCCCAAAUGCUGGCACAUACCACUUAAUGUGAGCGAUCUUAGUCCGUGUAGUAGUCCGGCUACUUACGACUACUUUUCAACUAGCGACGUCUCGUUUAUACUCACCUUUUUGGGAGUAUCAAUGUUCAUACUUGGUCUUGUUAUCAUGCUGCAAAUAAUGCUGCGCCUAAGACGCAGAGAGCACAGGACUAUGACUAGGAAAAUUGAUGCCAAGUUGAGAGAAUCAGUGAUGCGUGGGAAAAACAUCGAUGAAGUUUACACAGCCAAUGAAUGGAUCAGUCACACCAAACCACUAAGACCAAUACUUUUGACAUUGAACAAGGUAAAGAAACAAAUAGAAGUUCGAAGCCUACGUGCUCAGCUUAUAAGAGCCCUGGAUCUGACUCACAGUCAACUUACAGGGAUUCAUACACCAACCGAUAGAUCCUUCAUUUUGAUCAGAGUAGAGAACCAUUAUGAUCUGGUUUUAAAAUUUGGGUCAGAAUACUUGAAAGACUUAUUUUUGAGAGGCUUUGAACAGUUCGCUAUUGCAGCUGAUAUAAAGAGAGAAUAUAUAACAAGUCCUACAACGACGAUGAUGCUAAAGCAUGCAGUGACAAAGAAAAAAAGACAGCAGACAAUUGAGAGAUUCUUCCGAGUAGUGUUCGGCCAGGGUUUCCAUAUAGCAAACUCACAAGACGAAAUUUGGGAGAUGGACUCAAAGAUAUCCAAAGAGGUGAUCUAUACUGAGCUAACAAUCGCCGAAUUUGCCGAAGCCUUGAGCAUGGCUCCUGAAGCACAAUUCGUAAAAAAGAUGUUUGAUCUAGUUGACAAGGACAAGAACGGAUUUAUAUCGUUCAGAGAAUUCAUGGACAUGUCUGUGAUAUUUUACAAUGGGGACGUGAAUCAAAAAGUUAAACUUAUGUUCGAUAUGUAUGACAUCAAUGGUAGUGGUUCAUUGACCAGGAAGGAGUUCUUUGACAUGUUUAGAUCAUUCAUGGAAAUAGUAAACGCUGAUGUUAAAGAGGAGGAGCUAAGCCUGGCAAUAGAAGAAAUGACCAGAGCAGCUGGCUUAUCAAAUAAAAAAGACAUUCGUUUUGAAGACUUUCAACGUCUCCUAGGGGACUACAAGAGCCGUUUAUGCAUAGAGUUUAACUUGCCCGGAUCAUCGACAACCAAGCAAACUUUUGUUUCACAAGCUCAGAGAGUGGUCGAGAGCAUGUAUGGCGAUCCACGAGAAAUAUCAUCCCGUGUUCAGGGUAAUUUACACAGAGAACAAGACCAAACAGACAGAGAUGAUGUCAUUGCCAAAGAUGAGGAGCUAUUGCUUGCCAAAAAUCAAAUAAAAAGAUACUGGUAUCCCACAACUAAAUACAUCGCCGACAAACAACUAGAGAUAUUCUGGGUAUUUUUAUACACAUCAGUUUUAAUUGCGAUUUUUGCAGAGAGAGCCUACUACUAUCACGUAGAACGUGAACACUCGGGUUUGCGACGGAUCGCAGGCGCUGGAGUGACGAUUACCAGAGGUGCUGCAUCAGCGAUGAUGUUCACUUACUCGACUUUACUAUUAACUAUGUGCCAGAAUACUAUAACUAUACUCCGAGAAACGUUGCUGCAAUACUAUGUCCCAUUUGAUUCAAGUUUGGACAUGCACAAGUAUACUGCAUGUUGGGCUCUUUUUUUCACUGUGAUGCACGUGUUGGGCCAUGCCCUCAAUUUCUAUCAUAUUUCAACGCAAACUUCGGAUGACCUGACGUGUUUGUUUCCAAAUUUUUUCCACGGAACACACGAGAUUCCAAAGUUUCAUUAUUGGUGUUGGCAGACAAUGACGGGGGUAACUGGAAUCGCAUUAACAGUUCUAGCUGCUACAAUCUUUCUAUUUUCACAUUCCCUUGUUAGAAAAAAGUUCUACAACUUGUUUCGAUACGCACAUUCAAUGUAUCCAAUAUUUUUCAUCCUCAUGAUUCUUCAUGGCACAGGAAGAUUGAUUCAGCAACCAUUCACACACCUUUUUCUAUCUGGGCCAGCCAUUCUGUUUACCAUUGAUAAAAUUAUAACUAUGACAAGAAAAACUAUAGAGAUACAAAUCGUAGAAGCAGAAUGUCUUCCCUCAGGGGUAACUUGCCUCAAAUUCAGGAAGCCACCAAAUUUCCAAUAUAAAUCUGGACAGUGGGUCAGAAUUGCAUGUUCAGAUUUUAAUCCCAACGAGUACCAUCCUUUCACUUUAUCUUCCGCACCAAACGAGUCAUACUUAACAGUUCACAUUAGAGCUGUUGGCCCCUGGACUACGGAGAUCCGUCUUAGAGUAGAUCCAACAUUAAUAAGUGAUCCAAUUCUUCCAACGAUUCGGGUGGACGGACCAUAUGGAGAAGCAGCACAAGAUUGGUACAAGUAUGAUUUAGCAAUUAUGGUUGGAUCUGGAAUAGGAGUAACUCCAUUUGCUUCCAUCUUGAAAGAUAUAGUCUAUAAAUCAAAUCUUCAACAAAGUGUGGGAUGCAAAAAGGUUUACUUUUUGUGGGUUACUAAAACCCAGAAACAAUUUGAAUGGAUGGUUGACAUAUUGAGAGAAUUGGAAGCAGCAGAUGAAAACAAUGUGGUGAUAUCUCACAUUUUCAUAACACAAUUCUACCAGAAAUUUGAUUUGCGAACUAUAUUCCUGUACAUGUGUGAGCGCCAUUUUCAAAAAGUAGCUAACAAAUCAUUGUUCACUGGAUUAACUGCAGUUACACAUUUUGGUCGGCCAAAUUUCUUACAGUUUUUCAGGAGUAUAUGUCAACUAAAUACCAGCACCCCUCGAGUCGGAGUAUUCAGCUGCGGGUCCAGAUCUGUAACGCAGGCUGUCAACCAGGCAUGUCACACUCUUAACCAAGAAGCUACUAACGACACGUUGUUCAAACACCACUACAAAUCAUUUUGAGCCAAAAGCAUAAAUCAUCAAACGCCAUUAGCAGCAUUCAAAAAUGUUCAGUAUAAGUAGUGCGUUACUGUCACAGUAAAGGAGAACCUCAGCGGACUUAUUUCAACAUUCGAAAGCGUUGAAGUUAGUUUCGCUAGCGACACAGCGACCACAUACAUGACAUUGAUACUUUUUUAUACAUGAUGGGUAUUGCAAAAGUAUGGACAAUUAGUCAAUAAAUUGUUCUAUAUUUACCUCAA